AAUUUGUGCCUGAAUAAGGGGAGGUGCAUUAGUCUGAAGGAUACUUUUAAAUGUGAAUGCCUGACGGGUUACUCCGGGAAGACUUGCAAGAUUAAAGAUGCCUGCUUAAGCAGCCCUUGUCUGAAUAAUGGAACAUGCUCUGGUAGCGUAACGUCGUUCACGUGCAUUUGCGUGAAAGGGUUUACUGGAGUUACAUGC